AUGGCAGAUGUGAAACAAGGCGACCUCUACUAUCAGGAUCUAGUAGCCCAUGGAUGCAUUGAAGAGGGACUAGAAGUAGAUCCAGAGGGAAAUUUAGAGGUAGGACUGGAAGAAUACUUAGAGAUGGAUUAUGAGGAUGACAAAUCUGACGAGGAGUCAGAUAGGGGAGAAGACAUUGGGGAAACCUCGAAGGAAGAAGUAGCCAAUCUCAAGCAACAAUUCUUUGCGACCGAAGCAGAGCAAAGGGAAUAUGUGAUCACUCGAGAGAUGAGUGAAUUGGCUGAACUUUUGGAGCAACAUUGUGGCAUCUGA